AGAGUCAGGUCAUGUGGUUUGAAGCAGCCUCACAAAAACAGUCUGAUUCCUGCUGUCCUCACACAGCCAGUCCUCUCUCAGCGAGUGGUUAGGUUGAUGAAGUGAACAGUUAUCCACAGAUCCAGGGAGCAGGUCUGUCCGUCUGUGAACAUGAUGAUUGCUAACUUCUUCCUGAGUGUCCUUUUUGUGUCAGGAGCUCACACUGCUUGUCCUGGGCAGGCAGAUCUGAGUAUUGCAGCACCAAAGACGGUGCAGGCACUGAGUGGAUCUUGUUUGCAGGUCCCGUGUAACUUUACAGCUACAUCAGGUGAAGAGACUGACAGCACAGGGAACAUCUCCGGAGUGUGGAUUAAAAGUGACCCCAGGUUUGCCAAAUAUCCAGACAAUGUGGUUUUCAACAGCAGCCGAAGAAUUAACAACUACACCAUGAGUCUGACUGGAAACCUGAGGGAGAAAAACUGCACCACUCUGUUUUCAAAUGUCCUCACAAGUUACACAGACAGGUACUUCUUCAGAAUAGAGAGCAGCACAUUCACAGCAACAGCUUCUUGUGAUCCUCUACACAUCACAGUUAAAGAUUCUCCUCCGAGCCCCAGAAUAGAGAUCCCAGCAGGAGACCUGAAGGAGGAGGAGUCUGUCACUAUAACCUGCUCAGCUCUCACUCCCUGUCCACACUCUCCUCCUAAACUCACCUGGAGUCUCCAAAGAGACUCUCUCAACAACAUAGAGGAAAACACAGAUGGAACCUUUACAACUCAAAUCCAGGAGAGCAUCACUCUGUCAGAGCACCAUGAUGGAUACAACAUCACCUGUUCUGCCACAUAUCCUGUGAAUGAAGGCAGAGAUGUGAGGACAGCAGAGGAGACAAAGACUCUCAGUGUUUCAUAUGCUCCUAAAAACACCUCAGUGUCCAUCAGUCCAUCAGGUUUGGUGUCAGCAGGUACCGUGGUUAACCUGACCUGCUCCAGCAGAGCCAAGCCUCCUGUCAGCAGGUUCACCUGGUUCAGGACCAGCAACAACAGACCUGUGAUGGUAUCUGAAGGAGAGUCUUACAGCCUUAAUGUGACUGAAGGAAGAGUUUAUUACUGCGUGGCCACAAGUGAUCUUGGUGAAGGAAAGUCCUCAGAUAUUCACCUGCAUAUUAAAGGAGCUGAUAGCUCUUCACCGUUGGGGGCCGUUGUUGGAAGCAUGAUUGGGAUCAUUGUUCUCAUUAGUGUGGUUGUAAUCGUUUGGUGGUUAAAGUCAAAACGUUCAGCUCUCCAGCAGACACAGAGCCCAACAGAUGAAGAGCCAGCUGUUCAGGAACAAGCCAGAGCUUCAGAAAAUGAGGACAUACAUUACGGAGAGAUAGAUUUCUCCAAACUGAGAUCUGAGCCAUCCUCUAACCCUGAGCAGGAAAGUGGGCAGCAGCAGGACACUCUGUAUGCACAGGUCAAAGUGUCCAAGCCAGGUAUCAGCGUCACGCAGGCUGCUGCUGGUGCAGAGGAGCUCUAUGCUCAAGUGAAGAGAACAUGACUCAUGAAUGUGGAGAACAAGGAACUGGAACUUUCUGAGAGCUGUUUUAUAUUUUAAUCUUUAGAAGGAUAAUUGUUAUAUGAAUAUAGAUUGGUAUAAUAUGUGGUUUAUUUACCUUGCCUCCUUCUUUCUGAAUGUCCCACAGAAUGAAGUCCUUUACUUUAAACUCUGAUCAUAGUAGGUCAGCUGAUUUACAAUGAAAACAUCUGGAAUAUAGAUAUUAAAAUUUAAGAUGAACAUCUCACUGAAA